AUGAAGACCAGAGGCGCGCUCACUCGGCGGAAAAGGCAAGUCUUGCUUCUCUUUGUUUUACUGAGAUUGUCUCAGGCGAGUCUUGAAUCUGGGCGUUAUUCUGUGGAGGAGGAAAACGAGAUUGGUUUUUUUGUGGCCAAUGUAGCAAGGGACUUGGGGCUAAGGGUGGAAGAACUAUCCUUAAGAGAGGCACGGGUGGUGUCUGAUGAUAACAAAAAGUAUUUGCAUCUUGAUUUGCAAACGGGGGAUUUGUUCUUAAAUGAGAAACUGGACCGAGAGGAGCUGUGCGGCUCCACUGAGCCAUGUGUACUGCAUUUCCAAGUGUUACUGAAAAACCCUUUACACUUUUUCUGGGCUGAGCUGCACAUCAAAGAUAAAAAUGAUCACUCUCCUACAUUCCUGGACAAGGAAAUACUUCUGAAAAUUUCAGAAACUACCACUAUUGGAACCACGUUUCUAAUGGAGAGUGCUCAAGAUUUGGACAUAGGAAGCAAUAGCCUCCAAAACUACACUAUUAGCCCCAAUUCACAUUUCUAUAUUAAAAUUAGAGACAGUGGUGAAGGCAACAUAGACCCAGAGCUGGUCCUGGACAAAGCAUUGGAUCACGAAGAAGAACCUGAACUUAGAUUAACACUCAUAGCUGUGGAUGGAGGGUCUCCACCCAGGUCUGGGACAACCUUGGUAGUGAUCAAAGUCUUGGAUGUCAAUGACAAUGCCCCUGAGUUUUCUCAGGAAAUCUAUGAGGCUCAAGUCCCAGAGGACACACCAGUUGGCUCAAGCAUUAUCAGUGUCUCUGCUAAGGAUUUGGAUGCAGGAAAUUAUGGGAAAAUAUCUUACACACUUUUCCAUGCAUCUGAAGAUAUUCGUAAAACAUUUGAUAUCAAUGCAGUAUCUGGUGAAGUUCAUUUGAGAACUCUCUUGGACUUUGAAACAGUACAAUCAUACACUAUAAAUAUUCAGGCAACAGAUGGUGGGGGUCUUUCAGGGAAAUGCACUCUUCUAGUUAAAGUAAAAGAUAUAAAUGACAAUCCACCAGAAGUGACCAUGUCCUCAGUUACAAACAGAAUUCCAGAGAACACGCCAGAGACACUUGUGGCUGUUUUUAGUGUCCGAGACCAAGACUCUGGAGAAAACGGGAGAGUGAUUUGUUCUAUUCAGGAUGACCUCCCCUUUAUCCUUAAACCAACCUUCAAGAAUUUCUUCACUGUGACUACUGACAAAGCACUUGACAGAGAGAUGAGAGCUGAGUACAAUAUCACCAUCACCGUCACAGACUUGGGCACCCCUAGGCUGAAAACUGAGCAUAACAUAAUUGUCUGGAUCUCAGAUGUUAAUGACAACGCGCCCACCUUCUCCCAAGCCUCCUACACCCUGUUCAUCCGCGAGAACAACAGCCCCGCCCUGCACAUGGGCACCAUCAGCGCCACAGACAGAGACUCAGGAGCCAACGCCCAAGUCACCUACUCGCUGCUGCCGCCCCACGACCCGCACCUGGCCCUGGCCUCCCUGGUAUCCAUCAACGCGGACAAUGGCCACCUGUUCGCGGUGAGGUCGCUGGACUACGAGGCCCUGCGAGCCUUCGAGUUCCGCGUGGGCGCCACGGACGCACCCAAGCACAGGCUCCUGGUGCUGGUCAAGGACAAUGGGGAGCCGCCCCUGUCUGUCACCGUCACGCUGCACGUGCUCCUGGUGGAUGGCUUCUCUCAGCCCUACCUGCCUCUGCCUGAGGUGGCCCCUGAGGAGCCCCACGCUGACUCCCUCACUGUCUACUUGGUCAUCGCUCUGGCCUCGGUCUCCUCGCUCUUCCUCUUCUCUGUGGUCAUGUUCGUCACCCUGAGAUUGUGCAAGAGGAACAAGGCCACUUCUGUGGGUCGCUUUCCAGUGCUAGAAGACCACUUUCCAGACCACUUGGUGGAUGUGAGUGGCACCGGGACCCUGUCCCACAGCUAUCAGUAUGAGAUUUGUCUGGCUGGACCUUCUGGGACUAAUGAGUUCAAAUUUCUGAAGCCCAUAAUUCCCAAUCUCCCAGUCCCCGGCCCUGGCAGAAAUAUUAUGGAAAAUGCCAAUAUACGAAAUAGCUUUGGUUUCAAUAUUCAAUAG